GCCGCAGUGCGCCUGGCCCCCGCGCCCACGGCCUUCUGACUGCAGCGUCUCCCCUUUGUUGCAGGCGCCACAAAGGAGAUCGGCACGGCGCUCACCAGGAUCUGCCUGCGCCACAAAGCGGUGGAGGCCCGGAUGAAGACUUUCACGAGCGCCAUCAUGGACUGUUUGGUGAUCCCGCUGCAGGAGAAACUCGAGGACUGGAAGAAGGCCGUCAUCAACCUGGAUAAGGAGCACGCCAAAGAAUACAAACGAGCCAGAGCAGAAUUAAAGAAACGCUCUACAGACACAUUGCGUUUGCAGAAGAAGGCGCGCAAAGGAAAGAGUGGAGAAUUGCAACGUCGUGUUGAAAGUUCACUGCAAGAUGUAACAGAGCGUCGUCAGUUGCUUGAAGAGACAGAGAAACAGGCUGUACGUGCUGCCCUCAUUGAAGAGCGUUCGCGGUUUUGCUUGUUGGUGGCUUUUCUGAAGCCAGUAGUGGACGAAGAAGUGGCAAUGUUGUCAGAAUUGUCACAUUUGCAAGAAGUAGUUGAUCAAAUUCAAAAACAUACAGCUGACCCAUAUUCUCUGCCACCAGCCAGUGAACAGGUGAUUGCAGAUCUGAAAGGGACAGAAAGCAGCUGGUCAUUCCAGACUCCUCCGAGCAGUCCUAGUUCACUGGGCUCUCGCAAAUCCAGCAUGUGCAGCAUCAGUUCUCUCAACAGUUCUUCCAGUGGCAGCACCAAAUCACACCAUUCGCCCAACCAUCACUACUGGCAUCGCUCCCUAUCUCAGGUAGCUGGUAACAAGGCCUUGAUGACCUUAGGAAGGCAUGGCAUGCAGCCCCUGCCAGCGGGCAUAUUGCGCCUUCCAAGUGUCUCUUCUCAGGACUCGGGCUUCACUUCCCAGGACACGCUGUUCCCUCGUCCGCCCUCUGUGCCCUGUGUACAGGUGUCCAACAUGUCAGAGCCUAGCAGCAACAGUGGCAGUAACUCAAGCACUCCGUCAACUCCAUACACAGGAACUACUACAGCUGUGACUUUGCCAAAUACUACAGCUACUUGGCCAAAUUUGCAAGAAACUCUGCAGUUUGAACGUGCUGCAACUGCCAUCAUGAGCGAACGCCCACAUACCAUCUCUUCUGCUUAUGAGCGUGGUCAUCAGAGGCCUGCCUUAACUGUGUAUACUUUCCAAGCUCCUGAUGCUAGCCACUCCCAACCGGCAAGCCCAGUGUCUGGCAAUGUUGCUGCUGCAGCUGCAGCUGCUGCCGCUGCAGCUGCUGAAAAUAAUAACAACUCGAACUCGUCAACCAUUCCUCGUACUGCUGCACAAGUUGCCGCAAAGCCACAACCUAUCUAUGCUCGACCUCCUAUUCCCCAGCGUUGUUCUUCCCUUGAGAGACCAUCUGUUCCUUCCAAGUCUCCCACAAAUGUCAAGUCAGUCCUGCCAAUUCGACAGCCUGCUGCCCAGUGUGCUAAGAGUGACCCUUCCAAGACCAUCACUCAUGUGCCACCUCACAUUCAUCUAGGAAAAGAUUCUCCUCAACCAAUGUAUGUUAACAUGCAUGAACUUGCCAGCUUGGCUGCUAGCAAAGCACAGGAAAUGAUAUUCCCUCCACCUCCACCGGAACUUGCUGUAGCUCCUGCCGAGAAUCCAGAAAAACCGGAAGGAACUGAGAAAGAUGGUAGCACCAGUGAAAGUUCUUUAGAAUCUUCAAGUGGGUAUGGAAGCCAAACCAUUCCAGUUGAUGAUGCAGCUCAUAAUGAUGACAUGUCGUUGAGUGUGUGUAACUUGGAAACUGCUAGCAAGUAUUGCACGCUUCCCCGUUCAGGGGAUGGAGCAGCCAAUGGGGGUCCACGCAGGAGACCCGUAUCAGCAUCAGGUUAUCCUCCUGGAACAAUGAGGAACACUUUGUUGCGUCGAGGUUCAGUGCAAGGCCAAAAGCCUCCUCCACCGAUUCGGAGGACAUCAUCAAUUUCCAGCUCUGCCAGGCAGAGCACUUUGACCCCAGUGGGUGGAAGUCUUGAGAAUCUCCCUCCUCCACCAGCUUUUCUGUUGGAGAAUAGUACAAACAGUACUGAAAAUCCUCCAGAUUCAUCAGAUGAGAAGAGAACUAUAAGUGUAGCCGAAACGGUACGCACAUUGACGGAAUUAAAGCAUCAGCCAGCUAGCCCUAAUGCUCUGAGGCGAAAUAGCAGUGUGCGCUCACAGAGUGCUGAUCGAAGGGGCCCUGAGACCAGUCCUGGCUCAGGCUUGAUUGCUGCUUUGAGUGCUAAAUUGAACCCAAAUAUGAGCCCUAGAAAUUCUAGGCGUCAUUCUGAAGAUUUGAAUCCUGGUGGAAGUUGCAGCAAUAGGCUCAUUCAAAGAGGCAUUAGUGGGCCAGGGCAAGGCUUUUUGCAGACUCUGAACACUAAAUUGGCUCUGCAACAGCAACAAUUGCAGAUGCAUGGGCCCCAGCAUAAAGCUGCAAGGAUACGUCAGUUUAUUGCUGCUCGUACUCUGCCAGAUCCAGAGCUGUGUCAUGAAUCAUUAAUGGAUCAGAUAAAGCGAGGUACAACAUUGAGGAGAACAGGAACUAUCAAUGAUCGUUCAGCUCCAAAAAUACGUUAACUUCAUAAUUAAUUUCUACAAACAACAGAGAUAUUUACUUGAAGAUAUCUUUCUUCCUUAGAAAAAUUCUUCUGAACCCAUGUGUAUGGUAUUCAGAAAUGAAAAAAUUAACUCGUCUAUGUCUACAUGGAAAAAUAAUUCAAGAAAAUAGAAAGCAGUUGUAUGCUGUUGCAAUCAUGCUGCUGGAUAUUUAAGGAAGUUUCAUGCAAACACAGAAACAUAAAGUUAUUAUUUAUGUUCUACCACUGACAUAUUCCAUAUUAUUGCAAUUUGCUGGAUUAAUAUGUUACAUCUGUAAUCGAAGAGCUUCAUUUGUGUUAUUGUUGGUUUAUUGCCGUGACUUUUGCUUCCCAGCAAUAGUUGUAUGGAAGUCAACAUUCCACUGCAGGAUACAGAAAUUACUGCAAAGCAGUAAGUGGAGCCAGUAUUUUCUUAAUGAACUGGAAAUGGUUGGCUCCACUUCUUAUUGGUGUUUAUACAACUCGUCUUCUCUACAGGCAGACAAGGUACUUCAUUCAUGCUUCAGAGAUUAAUGACUGUUGUGUACAGUGAGUGAAAUGUUUAAAUAAUUGUAUUUGAAAUGCCUGAGAAGCCAUCCUUGCCUCUCUUACAUUAUCUGUAUUCAAUUCAUUGUAUGGUGGGAUUCUCACACUAUAUUAUUUUCACCUGAUUCAGAACUGUUGAUAGAUUUUCCAGACUCGAAAUGAAUCAUAUGUGUCUCUCAAUCUUUCUUUCUUUCUAAUAAUGUGUAUAGAAAUAUUCCUUUGUGCAUAUGGUUAUUGCUUAUAUUGUAGUUUGUAACAUGAUAAAAAGCACUGCUGUAUUAUAAUUAGCUGUUAUGGUGUAAUGUUUAGAAAUUGUGCAACAAAUCGGUCAAAGUUGUACCUCUGUUCUUUUAUUUGUAUCAUUCUAGAAGUGUCAUUUAUUUCUAUGCUUUAAAUACUGGAUCAUAAAGUUCUUUUUUGAAGAAUGGAAUUUUGUAAAUAAAGAAUUUAUUGGCUAAUGAAUAGGAGAGAAUAGCAUGAAGCUGGAGCUAGUCAGACUCGUAUUGUAAAGACAUUGCAUAUAUCAAGAAAUUUUGACUUUUUGAGCCAUCUGCUAGGCAAUAUACUUGCAAAAGAGGAUGUGAAAGUGUUCAUUCACCAUCAGUUCCUGCUCUGCUUAGUGUGAAACAUCUGUUAAUCUUUAACAAUCAAUAGAAGUACUUGUUAAUAGAAAAAUAUAUUGCAUAUUUUACACUUUCAAACUCCAUAGUUUAAUAUUGUAAUUACUUCUAGAAUUAAUCUGUAUAAUAUAAGCAAUUAGUUAUAUUACUUUCACUACUACUUUUCUUCUUCUCAAUAUUCUUAAAAUCAUCAGAAAAGUUAAUAUAGUGAGAGGGCCAAAUGAAAAGUCUGACUUAGUAAUAAUUAUAACUUAACUAUAGAUCUUUAGGCAUUAUCUAAGUUCCCUUACUUUUGAGCAAUGUUUAUAUUUGAAACUUCAUUUAAAAUAUUCUAGAAUGACAGACUUGGAGUGAAUCUUUGGACACUUGUAGUUAGAUUGAAGGGUGGCAUGUUGGCGAGAUUUGCAGACACACUACAAAUAAUAAUUUUUGUUAUUUGUGUGAAACAUUGUAAAAUUACAAGGAUCUUUUCAGGGCAUUUCUUUCACAUUUCAUGAUAGAUUAGUUCUCUUUAUUUUAGUUUGCUACAUGCAUUGAUUUGUUUAUGAGAAAAAGUAGUAUCAGGAAAUGAGAACAAAGAUCAUUCUUUCAUGCAUUAUGAGUGUUCACUUUGAAACUGAUGGUAGUGUGUAGACAGAAGUAUGAAGUACUCUUGCCAUGGUUAUAACUUUUCUACCACACACAUUUUUAUACCAGAUAUUUUGUGGACUUCUAUUGGUUCAUAUUUUGACAGUUUUUGAUUCAACAAUUGGCAUAUUGUGUCACUGCAUUUCAGCAAGAUGAAACAUUUUGUUGAAAAUAUGAUUUUAUACUUGCUAAAGUUUGUAUGGCAACUUGGAACUCUUUGAAACAGAAGAGUUUGCUAAUGUUCAGUCAAGUUAUUACUCUUGCAACUUCGCCAACAAUUUUAACUUGUUAUACAUUUUUAUACAGAUCCAGUAGAGAUAUGUUCCUAGAGAUGUCUGAUGACUACAAACAUAUUACUGUAGAAAAUAUAUUUUUUGUAUACAUCUUACAGUAGUAUUUCCAUACGUUGAAUUGAAACUAUGCGAAAUAUAUGCAAGGACAGGUGGAAUUUGUUUGAAGCUGUUGCAGUGUAGUACAUAGUGUACAGGAAAGGUCUGUCCAUAAGAUGUGUGAACUGGCAUUGUACAUCAGUUUGUGAGUUUGAAUAUUAAUAUCAGAGUCCAAAUAUGACUUUUGAAACCAAUUAUCUACAUUUAAGAGAUUUAGCCUUUUGCAUUUAAAUGCCACAUUCAUGUUACAGUCUGUUUUGUCAUUCUGUAUUAUUGAAACAUGUAUGUGUACCCCAAGAACACAAAACUUCAGGAUUUCUGUGCACAAAUAAGUUCUUUGUGUCAGAAGAUUGUGUGUUCUAAAACUGACCCAUUGUACUUCAGCUUCCAUUUAUCAGUUAUCUUGUUCCCUACUUCUGCUGAGAUCCAUUUUGUGUCUGUAUUGUUGGCCUAUCUUUGAACAUACUGUUUGAAGUGACAAUAAAAUUAAACUGAAAUAAUUUGUUCGUUUUCAAGUACUUCAGCAUUGCAAUUUUGCAACUUAAAUCUGUCGGGUGAAAAUUUCAAUAGUAAAUAUUUAGUUAAGUUUUCUGUAGAGUGAAGGUGAUUGCCUUUCUAUUCAUGUUGUGUAAUAAUGUUAACUGUAAAAUCCCAUUUGUGGCAAGUUACCACACUUUCUUGUAUUCAGUGUUUGGACACAAGCCAUUGUAAAAUACGUUAAUUAUAGCACACCGUAUCCCUUUCCCUAGUGUCCAAGGACACUUCAGUGUGUAUUCAAGCCGUUGUAAAAUUGUUAUUGAAGUGAAUUUGAAGUAUCAGUAUACAAUAAUCCAGUGUUUUGUAUGCAUAUAGAGCAAACUUGUAUCAUAUUACUUGUUUAUCACAGUGAUAUGCAUCUGUGAAACAUGUUAAUGCACAUUAAACUCCAAUCACCUUCACCCUAUUAUUUUACUUCAAAUUGAUGAUAGAAUUAACAAGUUGAUGUUGUCUCUGGGUCUUUAUGUACUAAAGAGGUAUAACAAACAUGGAAUACAUGCCACUUAUUUAAGAGUUUUAGUUCUUAUAUUUGAUUGUUAAUACAGUUUGUAAGACAUUUUGUAACAAUAUAAUUUUGUGUACAUUUAAGCUUUUGGUUCUUGUUUGUGGCUGUAAGGAUGCAUUAAUGUAUAAAGAAUAUUGUAGCCAAAUAAAUAGCUGUGUUUUUCAGAAUUA